AUGAUGCAACUGUUUUGGGUUCUUGUCGUUUUUGUACUUUUUUGGUUAUAUCCAGCUGUGGAGACUUUAGGUCCGUUCUUGGUGUCAGUCCUUGAUUCGGACUUAGACAAUGCAUUUACUGAUCCAGCCUUCUUCGAGUGGCUGUUGUUGUUUUUAUAUGGGGAUUUAGAUAAGUUCGCUUUAAUCUGUGUCCCUAUUGCUUUUGUAUCUGCUUUGUGCAAUCAUUUGGAAGGACCGGAGAAACUUGAGCUCGUUGAAGGAAAGGUGGAUUGGAAGGGCAGAGCAGCUGUGAAGAACAAACAUGGAGGAGCCAAAACUGCACUUCUCAUACUAACCACGUUUGGUUUUGAGAACACGGCAACCUUGGCACUGGCGGUGAACUUGGUGACAUACUUCAAUGGGGUGAUGCACAUGGAACUUGCUGAUGCAGCUAAUCAACUGACCAACUAUAUGGGCACAAGUUACAUUCUCUCCAUUGUGGCAGCUGUUCUUGCAGAUACUUACAUAGGCAGAUUCAAAGCUGUUCUCAUUGCAGGCUGCUUUGAGUUUGCGGGAUUUGCAGUGUUGACAAUACAAGCUCACUAUCCCAAGCUAAAGCCCCCACCUUGCAACAUCUUUGAUCCAGCUGCUAGAUGUGAGAAAAUUGGUGGUGGCAAUUCUGCAGUCCUCUUUGUUGCCCUAUAUUUGCUGGCUGUUGGUUCUGCAGGAAUCAAAGCUGCAUUGCCAUCACAUGGAGCUGAUCAAUUUGAUGAAAAAGACCCAAAAGAGGCAAGGCAGAUGUCCAGUUUCUUCAACUGCCUUUUACUAGCUGUGUGUGUUGGUGGUGCUGUCAGCUUAACUCUAAUUGUGUGGAUCCAAGAUAAUAAAGGAUGGGACUGGGGCUUUCUGAUCUCUUCCAUUGCCAUAUUAUUGGCUGUGAUUAUCUUUCUCGUGGGAUUGCCAAUGUAUAGAAUACAAAUUAUUCAAGGAACCAGCGCCAUCAUUAGUAUUAUACAGGUGUAUGUUGCAGCCAUUCGCAACAGAAAUCUUCACCUCCCUAGGGACCAUACGGAGCUCUAUGAGAUUGAUAUGGACAAGGAAGCUGCUGUGGAAGCAGAAUUUUUACCUCUCAGAGACGUUUUUAGGUGUUUAGACAAAGCAGCCAUCCAGCCAACAUCUACAGGGCAGGAUGGUAAACCAGAUGCUCCAAAUCCAUGGAAACUUUGUAGGGUCGCUCAAGUGGAAAACGCCAAGAUACUACUAGGCAUGGUCCCAAUUUUUUGUUGCACAAUAAUCAUGACACUUUGCCUUGCACAGCUCCAAACCUUCUCAAUCCAACAAGGUCUCACCAUGAACACAAGCGUCACAAAAUCUUUUCACAUCCCACCUGCCUCCCUUCCUAUCAUCCCAAUCGUAUUCAUGAUCGUCAUAAUCCCAUUCUAUGACCAGAUCUUCGUUCCCUUUGCGCGAAAAUUCACCGGCAUCCCAACCGGGAUCACGCACUUGCAGCGCGUCGGAGUCGGCCUAAUUCUCUCAUCCAUCUCCAUGGCGGUGGCUGCUAUACUUGAAGAGAAGAGAAAAGGUGUAGCCAGAGACCAUAACCUGCUUGAUGCAAUCCCAGUUGUGCAGCCAUUGCCAAUCAGCACAUUCUGGCUAUCAUUUCAGUACUUCAUAUUUGGAAUUGCAGACAUGUUUACAUACGUCGGAUUGCUUGAAUUUUUCUAUUCAGAGGCACCAAAGGGCCUUAAAUCCAUCUCAAGUUGCUUCCUCUGGAGCUCCAUGGCGCUAGGGUAUUUUCUCAGCACCAUAUUGGUGAAAAUAGUUAAUGGUGCAACAAAGAAUGUUACAAGAAGUGGAGGUUGGUUAGCAGGAAACAAUAUCAACAGGAACCAUUUAAACCUCUUCUACUGGCUACUUUCUAUAUUGAGCUUGAUCAACUUCUCAAUCUACUUGUUUGUAGCUAAGAGGUACAAGUAUAGGCCUCAGAAUUCUGUGGACUCAAAUGAGAAAAACGUUGGACUUGAGCAAAAGAUAAUUUAG